AUGUGCACGGGUUCCUUCCCGCUCUAUCGCAUCUGCGCUCUCGCCGUUCCUGCCACAGGUUUCGUGCUCUUCAUUUUAUUGUUUGCGGUUUCUGUCCUUCGUCCGUUCAACGCAUUCACACGGACAAAGGCUCGACUAACCAUGAGCUACGGAGGCAACAUCGAAGGUUAUUUGAUCAAGAUUGACGGUCGCGAAGUCCGAACCGUCUACUGCAUCCUUGAUGAGGGCAUGCUGCAGUACUUCUCUCGCAAGGGUGGUGAGCAGUUGGGCGUCCUGGCGUUGUCAGGGUCCAAGGUUGAAGCGUUUCUGCUUCCUUCAUCGAGACUUGGCCAGGUGCACAACCAGUUCCGCGUUGACGCGCAGUCACGAAGUUCCACCAGCGAAGUCACAAACCAGUGGGCUGUCUCCAUCCUCAACUGGAGCCGGUACAGCUGGGACGAUGGUCAAAUCGUGUGCAGUUCCAAGGAUGAGUACAGCACCUUGCAAAAGCUCAUUGAACUGAGUGGCUUGAAUACAACUAAGGCGACGAGAAGUCUUGUUGUACCGUUUGGGGUAAGCCCUGCAGUAUUGCCAUUGUAA